ACAAUACUUUUUUAAUGUUUACUUUAGUCUUAACCUCAAAGUUUAAUCUCGUUCAACGUUUCUCAAAAAAAGUUAGUGUAAAUCUUUAAAUUAAGAUGUUGGCCAAAAAGCUAUUUUACUUAAUAACAUCAAAAAGCACAACAUUCCAAAAAUGUGCUUCUUUAAACAAUGUAAGGACUAAAGCCUCAGCUACGAUGCAAGAACCCACCAAAGUCGAAAAAACUUUAAAUGCAGUUCAGUUGUUAGGUCGAGCGGGGGGUAAUCCGCAAUUAAAAGGUUCUGAACAGCAUCCUAUGGUGGUGUUUUCUUUAGCGACUCACACGAAUUAUAGGUAUGAGUCGGGGGAAUUUUUACAAAGAACUGAAUGGCAUAGAGUAAUAUGUUUUAAACCUGGUUUAAGAGACAAUAUAAUGAACUUUUUAAAAAAAGGACAAAGGGUUUAUGUUAAUGGAAGGAUUACAUAUGGGGAAAUUAAAGGUGAGGAUGGUUCAAUGAAAACCACAACUGCCAUCCAAGCCGAUGAUAUUAUUUUCUUUCAACAACCUCAGCAAUAACUAAAUUGUUAAUGAUCUGAAUGUAUUUUUUUACCAUUUUUUAAAUAAGUAAAUAAAGUAGAUUUUCAAUUUAAAUAUAUGUAUUUCAAACAUUAUAUGUUAACAAUGAAACGCGUGUUUUUUUCUAUAAAAAAGAACAUUUUUAUUUUAAA